AAACACUUUUAUUAGUCCAGCUAUAGGCCAAAACUUCGCCGUUCCUCUUGCUCUAGCUGAACGUUCUUCCUCUCAUUAUUCCAACACAAUCCCAGCAUAUAUAUUCGCAGGAGACAACUGCUGCCCCCAUCCAUCCUAUAAUUUUAUUGUCAUAUAACAAUGACAGAAACCACAUUGGUCAAGAAGAAACUGGAAGGCAAACUGGUCAUAGUCACAGGCGGUGCUAGUGGCAUUGGGGAGGCGACUGCACAUCUUUUUGCCAAGCAUGGCGCGCGUAUGGUGGUCAUUGCUGAUAUCCAAGAAGAACUAGGCCAUCAGGUUGCCAAAUCAAUUGGUUUGAACCAUUCUAUAUUCAUACGUUGUGACGUUACUGAUGAAGAACAGGUCAAAGCCAUGGUAGAAUGGACAGUCAAGAAUUAUGGGCAACUUGACAUCAUGUUUAGUAAUGCAGGGAUUCUUAAUAAGUCGGAUCAGACCGUACUUAACCUAGACUUGUUGGCCUUUGACCACCUAUUUGCGAUCAAUGUACGUGCCAUGGCUGUAUGUGUAAAGCAUGCAGCACGUGCUAUGGUUGAAGGGCAUGUGAGGGGGACCAUUGUGUGCACUGCCAGUGCAGCAGCAACUAUGGGUUCAACCCAUAGCACUGAUUACUUUAUGUCAAAGCAUGCGGUGCUUGGACUUGUUCGAUCAGCGAGCAGGCAGCUAGGGGAGCAUGGGAUUAGAGUGAACUGCGUAUCGCCCUCUAUAGUUGCGACUCCUUUGGCAUGCAGUAAAACCGGAAUGGAUGCAGAGCAGUUGGAGAAGGCAGUUGAGCCGCAUGCGAGCUUAAAAGGAGUUGUGCUAAAAGUGGGGCAUGUGGCGGAUGCCGUGCUCUUCCUUGCAUCUGAUGAUUCUGGAUUUGUCAAUGGGCAUAACCUAGUGGUUGAUGGCUGCUGGGUUGACUAGGGAAUCAUGUUGAGCAUUAAUAAUUAAUCAACCUCCAAGAAUCAAUGCCACUAAAUCUAGUGUUUGGAGACGAAAAACAACAACUAUAAUAGAUGAUAUUGUAUAAAAACAUAGGAAUAAAAAAGUGUGCAUGUGUAUGUAUGCUUGUAUGUUGGUGUGUAAAGCUACCAUGUGAUGAGUUGCAUAUCACAAAAUGUAUGUCGCAAUCCUAUACCUCUGCAAGAGUGGAAUGGAGUCACUGUGGAAUUUGUAUUGGGGUAAUAAAGGGCUAGAGGUUUGGGCUCAGCCGCGUUGGCUAUUUGUAGGCCCAUUUAUUUGCUUUCUAUUGGCCCUUUUGGCCUUUCGUUUGUUGGAACCGUGUGUUUGGCCUUUUGUUAUAAUUUUCGUUUUAGUGUGCUGGGCUUUGGCCCCUUAGUUAGUAAAUGUUUGACCAGUAUAUGUAGUUGUUGUCCCUCUUUGUAACGACAUACAAAAUCCUUAAUAGAAAGCUACUUUCCUUUUCUCUCUCA